AUGUUAACAGCUAGCGCACAAGAUGCAGCAGGUAAAAUUUUUCCACUAGCAUACGCUGUUGUAGAUUUUGAAAAUGAUGCUUCUCGGGAAUGGUUUUUUGAAAUGUUUAGACAGGAUUUUGGGGAAAGGGAAAGGAUGUGCAUCGUAUCGGAUCGUCAUGCAAUCAUAUUAAGGGGUGCUUCGAUUGUGUAUCCAGAGGUAUCUCACUGUAUAUGCAUCUUUCAUCUUUGGAAUAACAUAAAGAAGCAGUUCAAGAAGAACCAUGACCGGCUGAGGGAAGUAUUUUUUGCAAUGGCCAGAGCAUACAAAAUUGAAGAUUUUAAUCGCCUCAUGGAAGAUAUAGACAACAUUGAUAAGAGAGUAAGGGGUUACCUAUUCCAAGUUGGUUAUGAAAAGUGGUCUAUAGUGCAUUCCACUGUUAAUAGAUCCAUGGUGAUGACUUCAAAUAUUGCCGAGUCACUCAAUGCAAGGAAAAGAGAGGCAAGAGAGCUACCAAUCAUGAGUUUGCUAGAUUACAUGAUGAAUUUGGUUAUGGAAUGGAAUAAUACAAAUAGAAUGACUGCAAUGAGUACAUUUAUUGGCAUAGGACAAAAAUAUCAUGAAGUACUGAAGGAAAAUAGCUAUUUGUCGCAGAAGAUGACGGUGAAGCCUUCGACCGAUUAUGUAUAUGUAGUAAUGGAUGCUGAACAAAGGCGGAACAUAGUCUGCAUGCAAAAAAGAGAAUGCUCGUGCAAACGAUUUCAAGUGGAUGAGAUUCCUUGUCCACAUGCUAUGGCAGUAUUGGACUACACACACAUGGAAGCACCCAAAUAUUGUUCUGCCUAUUAUACUAAGGAAUACUUCAAGAAGACAUAUGAAGUGCCAGUUAAUCCACUUCCUAAUGAAACUACAUGGGACCUUCCAACAUAG